GGGACAACAGCUGUUAACGCGUUCGAAAAUCAAUUUACGCCUUACAAACGCGUCUCCCGUCACCUCCAAUUUCGCCAUCCGACAACCCAUUUUUGCUAUUUCUCGGGUCAUCUUUUGAAAUUCCACCGUUCAGACACAUUGAGAAGACCAGAUUUUGCUUCAAUCUUGCUUUCAUCCUACCCACUGACACAUGCGACGCCAUGGCGGUCACUUGUCCGAUAUGUAACCAGGCCGUCAAGGGCCUCGACAAAAUCAACAGCCACAUUGAUUCCGGCUGCCAGUCAUUCCUCGAGACAGCCGCCGAGAGCGCCACUACCCAAGCUGAACCGCAAAGUAGUGGACAACAGAGUACCCAGAACGGAAACCUACCACCAAGUUCAACCCAAAAGAAACGAAGUGCCGCCGACUUCUUCCAGACUCCUGCCAAACGACUGGCGGUGUCAAAGAUACCCAUUGCUUCGACACCCCUACCAGUCCAUGGAAGUGCUGCUGCUUCGACUGCUGCGCAAACACCGAGGACUGGGACCAAGAGGAGGUUUGAUGAGGGACCGGGGUUGGAUUCACCUUCGAUAGACGCGGCGAGGAAUAGGAAUGGAGGAGAUGGGAGCGCAGAGACACCACAACAAAACGGGAAUGCUGGAGAAGGAGGAGUAGGAACAGGAGGAGGAGAAGCACAACCCAGCCCACCGAUCCAACCGCUAGUGAAACGCACAAAACCGAACAACCGAUCCGCUCCCUUAGCCGAGCGCAUGCGCCCUGGCUCUCUCGACGACGUCUUCGGCCAGGAUCUAGUCGGGCCCAACGGCGUCUUGCGCGCGUUGAUCGAGACUGACCGAGUCCCGUCCAUGAUCCUCUGGGGCGGUUCGGGAACCGGCAAGACGACGAUAGCGCGCUGCAUCGCCCAACGAACAGGUAGCCGCUUCAUCGAGCUGAACGCGACCAGCUCAGGCGUGGCCGAGUGCAAGAAGUAUUUCGGCGAAGCGGCCAACGAGCUGCACCUCACAGGUCGCCGCACCAUCAUCUUCUGCGACGAGAUCCACCGCUUCACCAAGGCCCAACAAGACAUAUUCCUCAAACCCGUCGAAGCAGGCACCAUCACGCUCAUCGGCGCCACGACCGAAAACCCCUCCUUCAAAGUCCCCACUAAUAGACGACGAACUACUUUCCUACCUCUGCGCCUUUGCCGACGGCGACGCCCGCACGGCCCUCAACCUCCUCGAACUCGCUUUAUCCCUCACCACCACUUCCCCCCCUCAGACAGCCAACCCCUGACCAAAGAAUCCAUCAAAGCCUCCCUAACCAAAACCCUCGUCUACGACCGCGCCUCCGACCAACACUACGACACCAUCUCCGCCUUCCACAAAUCCAUCCGCGGCUCCGACCCCGACGCCAGUCUGUACUACCUAGCGCGCAUGCUUCAAUCGGGCGAAGACCCCCUCUUCAUUGCUCGUCGCCUCGUCGUCAUCGCCUCCGAAGACGUCGGUCUCGCCGACAACUCCCUCUUGCCUCUCGCAACCGCCACCUACACCGCCACCCAACAAAUCGGCAUGCCUGAAGCGCGUAUCCCUUUAGCGCAUUGCACCGUAGCGCUCUGUUUGGCGCCCAAAUCGACGAGGGCGUACAGAGGGCUGAAUAAUGCGUUUUCGGCGCUCAGGGAACCGGGCGUGGCGGCGUUGCCUGUCCCCUUGCAUUUACGGAAUGCGCCGACGAGGUUGAUGAAGGAGAUGGGGUACGGCGCCGAGUAUAAGUAUCCCCCGAAUUAUAGGAAUGGAAGGGUGAGGCAGGAGUAUUUGCCGGGGGAGUUGGUGGGGAGGAAGUUUUUGGAGGAGAGGGAUUUGGGGACCGAGGUGGAUCCGGAUGUGGAAAUGGGGGAGGGGGAGGAUGAUGGGGAGGUUAAUGGAAAUGGGGAGGGAGGGGUGAAUGGGACGACGACGUAGGUGUUGGUUUACUUGAAUGGGUGGGAGGGUGUGUGGUUUUGUUGGAAUAGUGUAAUGUCUGGUUUGGAUUGUAGGGCAUGCAUGAUGUGCAUUUGAAGCGUCAAAAAAAGGUUAUGGAUAGGCUGGCGUUUUGGUGUAAAUUAUUCAUGUUGGCAUAGCAUUUAUUGUUGGACGUUAGAAAAAAGACAUGGAAC